UGGUCCCAACAUUGGCAGUUUCCCUUCUUCGCAUUCUGUUCGUUUCUUGGCUUUCACCAUCAUAGCUCAGCUCGAAUCUAAUCCAACGGUCAAACCCCAAUCAUCCGACAUCCCUCAUCUCCACUCCUAACCUAUAAAAUUCCAGCUUUAAUGCCGGAUUCGGUUUGAGCUUUCUUUUCUCCUUCCCCAUCUGGAUGCUUCUCCCAGAUCCACAUUAGCUCCUCUCCGCUACAUUCUCCUCCAACCGCCAAAACCUCCCUGUAAUGCCAAUGGCUUUCCGCUGAUUUAGGGUUUCGCAAUCAUGGAGACCGAACUCAAAGACCUCGAUCCGACUCGAGGGCAAGGCCUGCCCAGGCCACAACCAUCCGAAUCCAACCACGACGAUGGCUCCACCAAAGAUGACCGCCCGCUACUCAAGCCCGAGUCUUUGUCUGAGUCCUCCUCCUCCUCCACUCUCCCUAUCUCCCAAGAGAGCCUCGACAAGAAGUUCGCCGCCUUCGCUCGACAUGACGUAUACGGCCCAUUGGGAUGCGGCGAGCUACCAUUGGAGGAGAAGAUCCUGCUCGCCAUCGCCUCGGUGAUACUGGUGCCGAUACGCGUGGUGCUGGCGACGAGCCUGUUGCUAUUUUAUUACCUGAUAUGCCGGAUUUGUACACUGUUCUCGGCGCCGAAUCGGGAUGACAGUGAGCAGGAGGACUAUGCGCACAUGGGCGGGUGGAAUAGGGCUGUGAUCGUCCAGUGUGGAAAGUUCCUCUCGAGGGCCGUGCUGUUCAUCUUCGGUUUUUAUUGGAUCAAGGAGACGUUCCAGAUUUCUGAUAGUGGCUUCAAGUCAUCCGCCGCUCAGAAUGAGGGCAAAGAUGAGUCUGAAGAGCCUGCAAGACCUAGCGUGAUUAUAUCUAACCACGUAUCCUACAUAGACAUACUGUACCACAUGUCUUCUUUCUUCCCAAGCUUCGUCGCUAAGCAAUCAGUGGGCAAACUUCCUCUAGUUGGUCUCAUCAGCAAGUGCCUCGGUUGUGUUUAUGUUCAGCGGGAGUCAAAGUCAUCUGACUUCAAGGGUGUUUCAGGUGUCGUGACCGAAAGAAUUGAAGAAGCUCACCGAGAUAAGUCUGCUCCAAUAAUGAUGCUUUUUCCAGAAGGCACAACUACAAAUGGAGACUUCCUGCUGCCAUUCAAAACAGGUGCAUUUUUAGCAAAAGCACCCGUGCUUCCAGUGAUUUUAAGGUAUCCUUUCCGAAGAUUUAGUCCUGCCUGGGAUUCAAUGUCUGGGGCGAGACAUGUCUUUUUUCUUCUCUGUCAAUUUGUAAAUCACUUAGAGGUGAUGCAAUUACCUAUUUACUACCCCUCACAGCAAGAAAAGGAUGAUCCAAAACUUUAUGCUGACAAUGUUAGAACGUUGAUAGCAAGUGAGGGAAAUUUGACACUUUCAGAUAUUGGGCUGCCCGAAAAGAGAAUCUAUCUUGCUGCUCUCAAUGGUUUGUUAUGCCAAUGCUAAUUCGGAGCUGUCUGUAUAUUCAUUGUAUAAUUCUAUUAUUUAUUGAAAAAUAACUGAGAUUAACAGAAAUCAUGUUGUGCGGAACAAGUAUUUUCAUUGUCUCGUGUCAGACAUGCACUAAUCCGGUUUUUGAGUACCACCUUGGGGCUAGAGUGGCAUUUUUAAAGCUGGGGCCGUUCUGAAGUUUCAACAGGGUGGUUAAUAGAGAUCCCGGAAGAUUAUGUACCAUUCUGAGGUAGCUUAGGUGCUGAUAUUGCUGUUGCUGAAUAUUCAGUUUUGAAUUUUAGAAAGUUGGGGGUGGGGGAGGGGGGAUGGAUUUGCUUGGAAGGGACAGAUUGCAGUAGAAUUCUCUACUGCAUUGACAACAGAAUUUUUUAUGAUCAGGACUCUGUUCAAAGGGAUUGAACAAAAUUAAAUUAUGAGAAAUCUUGGAGCAAGUUCCAAAUAUCAUAAAGGUCAUUGGAAUUUGGAGAUGCAAGCUAUAUAUGGGAAAUGAUAAGGCUAGCUCAAGAGGCAAGUUAAUGAUGCUUGUUCUGGUUUGUUUCCAUUGUCACUUUCUUCUUCCCACGUGAAGGCUCAAGUUAUGGGGCUGUUUUUGACAAUUUUUACAGAAUAAGAUGGAAGGGAUCAAUUUGGGAAGGGAAAAAUGAGACUUUGAGAGUGAAGAAAUAAAUAUCAAGAUGCUUAUUCGUUUUGAA